UCUAAUAACAAAUUCAUUCCGGCUUUCAUUUCCGCCGUGUAACUUCUUGCCCCGAGUCCUUACCCGUACUGGCACACGACAAGGUGUGCGGCACCGAGUGCGCUAGUUUGAGUUUACGGUUUCCUUAUCUCCGGGCCGAGCGUAUGACAGCAGGAUGGCACGGCGCCUACACCCCACCCCCACCUCCACCGUUUUCAUUCCGUCCACGUUUGGGUUCUGCACUGCCAACGUGUAUACCAUGCUGCUGUUCAUCUUACGUUUUUUUUUUCGACCCAGUCGAUCGAGCUUCAUCUAGAGCUGUGGCUUGACGUGUCCCGCCCUGCCCAGUGCCGAACGCUUUAGAUAUGUAUGUUGUACAACCGAUCACAGUUCACGCCACCAUCUCUCCGUCGAGUUCCAACCCAAUUCCAACCCCUCUACCAAUUCAAUAACAUUCAUCAAUCAACUACUUACGGUCUCCUGGGCCCGUGUGAUCCCCCUUCCUCUCUCAAUUCAUUUCCACUCCCACGCGGCGAUCCCAACAUUUACACACCCAUAUCAGUUACCCAUUCGUUCAUCUAG